AUGGCUUAUGACGAUACUCGUGUGGUCGUUGGUAUAGAUUUUGGAACAACAUAUUCAGGAUUUGCAUAUGCUAAUAGAGCUAAUCCUGAAAUUAUAACAAAUGAUACAUGGCCAGAACAUAUUGGUGUAUUAAAAACUAAUACAGUAUUACAAUAUGAUGAAGAUUUUCUUCAAAUUGAUGCAUGGGGAAGUCCAGCAUUGGCAAAACGUCAAAGAAAAAAGGAUCGUACUAGUAAUCCACCUAAACCUAUAGAAUUAUUCAAAUUACAUUUAGGUGAUAUACCCGAAGAAAAAAAACCUAUUUUACCUCCUAGUUUGAGUUAUAAAAAGGCCAUCAGUGAUUAUCUUCGUGAAAUGGGCAAGCUUAUAAAAGAAACAGUUACAACAAGAUGGCCGGGUGUUAAUUUUAUGACACAAGCUAAAAUUAUUAUUACGGUCCCUGCGGAAUUUUCAGAGAAAUCCAAAAGUAUUAUGAGAGAAUGUACAUAUAAUGCAGGAUUAAUUAAUGAACUUCACACUGAUCGUCUACAGUUCACUACCGAACCCGAAGCUGCUGCGAUUUAUUGUAUGAGAACUUUAUCUGAACAUUUCGACAAUCCUGUAGGAACAUCGUUCUUAAUUGUGGAUUGUGGUGGCGGAACGGUGGAUUUAACAAGACGUAAAGUAGUUAGUACGAAUAAAUUAGGAGAAACUACAGAACGUACAGGAGGAUUCUGUGGAGGAGCAUAUGUAGAUCAAGAAUUUAUAAAAUUCCUUGCAACAAAAGUAGGAGCAAAUGCAAUAGAACUAUUAAGAAAGAAGCAUUAUAAUCAAUUUCAAUAUAUGAUACAAGAAUUUUGUAGACAUGUUAAAUUGUUAUUUAAUGGAGAAAAAUCAAGUUUUAGAACAUAUGAUUUUGAUUUAGAAGACGUAUGUCCAGCUAUAAAACAAUAUGUUUCAGAUUCACUUAAAGAUAAAUUAGAAGAUAUUGAUUGGUCUAUUGAAUUAAAUUACAAGGAUGUUAAAGAAAUGUUUGAUCCUGUAGUAAACAAGAUUAUAACUCUGAUAAAAGACCAACUUAAUUCUACCAGUGAUAAAUGUUCUGCAAUGUUUUUAGUUGGAGGAUUUAGUGAAUCAAAAUAUUUACAAACAAGAGUUAAACAAGAAUUUAAAAAUAGAGUACCAAAUAUUUCUGUACCAAAACAACCAAUUGCUGCUAUUGUACGUGGAGCUGUUGAUUACGGUCUCAAUACUAAAAUAAUUAAAUCACGUGUAUUAAAAUAUACUUAUGGUACAAAAACCUCUCCUCUUUGGCAACCUGGUGAUCCGAAAGAACGUAAAGGAAAAGAUGGAAGAAUUUAUAAAUUUUAUACCUUGGCAGAAAAAGGAAAGCAUAUUGAUGUCGAUGAAGAAGUUUCUCAUAGUUUUACUGUUGCACGACCAGAACAAAAAAGCAUGGAUAUGGAUAUUUAUGUAUCGAGAGAUAAGUCCGCAAAAUAUUGUGAUGAACCAGGUGUUGAAUUACUCGGUAAUUUCAGUGUUCACAUGCCAGAUACUCAUCUUGGUCUAAACCGAUCAGUGUUAUAUACUCUUCGAUUCGGUGAAAUGGAGAUUAGAGCUACGGCAAAGAACAAACAAAAUGACGAAGAAUAUCAUACUACUUUUAAAUUAGAAUUUGAUUAG